AUGUUGUCCAUCUCCCUCCAUCACUCUGCUUGUUUUCUGCAGGUGCUGUUUGAGGCCACCGUGUCCAAGGAGCGUCAUGGUUACAUCGGCAUGGACGACAUCCUGCUACUCAACUACCCCUGCUAUAAGGCGCCCCACUUCUCGCGUCUGGGGGAUGUGGAGGUGAACGCCGGGCAGAACGCCAGCUUCCAGUGCGUGGCGUCCGGGAGAGCCUCGGAGGCUGAGAACUUCCUCCUGGAGAGGCACAGUGGGGACCGGCUCCCUGCCUCCUCGGUGAGGCACCUGAGUCACCGGCGGUUCGUGGUGAUGUUCCAGCUGGAGGGCGUGACGCGCCGGGAGCAGGACCUGUACCGCUGUGUGACCCAGUCCUCCCGCGGGAGCGGAGUGUCCAACUUCGCCGAGCUCAUCGUCAAAGUGCCCCCCUCCCCCAUCGCACCCCCCCAGCUCCUGAGGGCGGGGUCCACCUACUUGAUCAUCCAGCUCAACACCAACUCCAUCCUGGGGGACGGGCCCAUCAUUCGGAGGGAGAUCGAGUACCGAGCCAGCCAGUCCCCCUGGUCCGAGGUGCACGGAGUCAACCUGGUCACCUACAAGCUGUGGCACCUGGACCCGGACACGGAGUACCACGUGAGCGUCCUGCUGAGCCGGCCGGGUGAGGGGGGCACCGGGCCGCCGGGACCCCCCCUGGUCAGCAGGACCAAGUGUGCAGAGCCUAUGAGGGCACUGCGGGGUCUCUCUGCGGUGGAGAUUCAGUCUCGGCAGUUGAGCCUGCAGUGGGAGACUUUGGCGUAUAAUCUGACGCGCUGCCACACGUACUCGGUGUCGCUGUGCUACCGCUACUCCACAGCAGGGGGCGGUGGAGGGCACAACGCCACGGUGCGCGAGUGCCUGGGCGUGGAACACAACGCCUCCCGCUUCACGCUGCGGGACCUGCCGCCCUACCGCUCCGUGCACGUCCGCCUGGCGCUCUCCAACCCCGAGGGCAAGAAGGAGGGCCGAGAGGUCACCUUCCAGACCGAGGAGGACAUUCCCGGGGGCAUCACCCCGGAGUCUCUGACCUUCACCCCAUUGGAGGACAUGAUCUUCCUGAAGUGGGAGGAGCCUGUGGAGCCAAAUGGCCUCAUCACUCAGUACGAGAUCAGCUACCAGAGCAUUGAGUCGUCUGACCCAGGGAUCAAUGUCCCGGGUCCCAGGCGAACCGUGUCCAAACUCCGCAAUGAGACGUACCACAUGUUCUCCAACCUGCACCCCGGCACCACCUACCUCAUCUCCGUCAGAGCCCGGACCGCCAAGGGCUUCGGACAGACCGCCCUCACCGAGAUCACCACCAACAUCUCCGCUCCUACGUUUGACUACGGGGACAUGCCGUCCCCCCUGAGUGAGACAGAGAGCACCAUCACUGUCCUACUGCGCCCAGCCCAGGGGAGAGGAGCCCCCGUCAGCACGUACCAGGUGGUGGUGGAGGAGGAUGGCAGCCGGAAGGUGAAGCGGGAGCUGGGGGCUCAGGAGUGCUUCCCUGUGGCUGCAUCUCACGGCGAGGCCCAGGCCCGGGGCGGCCUGCACUACUACACGGCCGAGCUGGCCCCCAGCAGCCUGCCUGAGGCCGCGCCCUUCACCGUGGGCGACAACCACACCUACAACGGCUACUGGAACACGCCCCUCGACCCCCGCAAGAGCUACCUCAUCUACUUCCAGGCCAUGAGCAACUUCAGGGGGGAAAGCCGGAUUAACUGUGUCCGGAUCGCACGGAAAGGUAUGUCAGGGGAGACGGACCCUCUCCUGGGCCCUCUCCUGGGCCUCUCCAGUGUCAGGGAGACAGACCCUCUCCUGGGCCUCUCCAGUGUCAGAGAGACGGACCCUCUCCUGGGCCUCUCCAGUGUCAGGGAGACGGACCCUCUCCUGGGCCUCUCCUGGGCCUCUCCAGUUGUCAGGGAGACGGGCCCUCUCCUGGGCCUCUCCAGUGUCAGGGAGACAGACCCUCUCCUGGGCCCUCUCCUGGGCCUCUCCAGUGUCAGGGAGACGGACCCUCUCCUGGGCCUCUCCAGUGUCAGGGAGACAGACCCUCUCCUGGGCCUCUCCAGUGUCCAGGGAGACAGACCCUCUCCUGGGCCUCUCCUGGGCCUCUCCAGUGUCAGGGAGACAGACCCUCUCCUGGGCCUCUCCAGUGUCAGGGAGACAGACCCUCUCCUGGGCCUCUCCAGUGUCAGGGAGACGGGCCCUCUCCUGGGCCUCUCCAGUGUCAGCGAGACAGACCCUCUCCUGGGCCUCUCCAGUAUUCGGAUAAACAGGGAAGGCUACCAUCGCUCAAACCACUUCAUCGCCACUCAGGGGCCGAAGCAGGAGACGGUGUAUGACUUCUGGAGGAUGGUGUGGCAGGAAAACUGCUUCAGUAUCGUCAUGAUCACCAAGCUGGUGGAGGUGGGGAGGGUGAAGUGCUGUAAGUACUGGCCUGAGGACAGUGACAUGUAUGGGGACAUUAAGAUCUCUUUGCUGAAGACAGAGACGCUGGCAGAGUACACUGUCCGAACCUUUGCCCUGGAACGGAGGGGUUACUCUGCCAAACACGAGGUGCGGCAGUUCCACUUCACGUCCUGGCCGGAGCACGGGGUGCCGUUCCACGCCACAGGCCUGCUGGCCUUCAUCCGCCGUGUGAAGUCCUCCACACCUCCCGACGCCGGGCCAGUGGUGGUCCACUGCAGUGUGGGUGCAGGCAGGACUGGAUGCUACAUUGUUCUGGAUGUAAUGUUGGACAUGGCGGAGUGUGAGGGCGUUGUCGACAUCUACAACUGUGUGAAGACCCUCUGCUCUCGGCGAAUCAACAUGAUCCAAACCGAGGAGCAGUACAUCUUCAUCCAUGAUGCCAUCUUGGAGGCGUGUCUGUGUGGGGAGACGGCCAUCUCAGUCAGUGAGUUUGCUCUGACCUAUAAGGAGAUGCUGCGGGUGGACUCACAGAGCAACUCCUCCCAGCUGCGCGAGGAGUUCCAGACUCUGAACUCGGUGACCCCUCACCUGGAUGUGGAGGAGUGCAGCAUGGCGUUGUUGCCGCGUAACCGGGAGAAGAACCGCAGCAUGGACGUGCUGCCCCCCGAUCGCUCGCUGGCCUUCCUGGUCACUACGGAGGGCGAGAGCAACGACUACAUCAACGCCGCGCUGGCCGACAGCUUCCACCGCCCCGCCGCCUUCAUCGCCACGCCCCACCCGCUGCCCGGCACCACGCCCGACUUCUGGAGGCUCGUCUUCGACUACGGCUGCACCUCCGUCGUCAUGCUCAACCAGCUCAACCAAUCCAACUCCGCCUGGCCCUGUGUGCAGUACUGGCCUGAGCCUGGGGUUCAGCAGUACGGGCCCAUGCAGGUGGAGUUCCUGUCCCGCUCGGUGGAUGAUGAUGUCAUCACGCGUCUGUUCCGGGUCCAGAACGUCACACGGCUGCAGGAGGGCCAGCUGGUGGUGCGGCAGUUCCAGUUCCUGCGCUGGUCGGCGUACCGGGACGUUCCCGACUCCAAGAAGGCCUUCCUGAGCCUGCUGGGACACGUCAGCAAGUGGCAGCACGAGAGCGGAGAGGGACGAACUGCUGUGCACUGCCUCAAUGGAGGUGGGCGCAGUGGGACGUUCUGCUCCUGCACCAUGCUGAUGGAGAUGGUUCAGUACCAGAGCUUUGUGGACGUGUUCUAUGCCGUGAAGACGCUACGCAACGCCAAACCCAACAUGGUGGAGUCACUGGAUCAGUACCGGUUCUGCUAUGAGCUGGCUCUGGAGUACCUGGACUGCAUGGAGGUGAGAUAGCAGCAGUGCCCUAGAAACCCCUCCCCCUCCCACCCAGACUGUUCCCUGAUUGGACAGUACCUGCAUCCAACCUGAUUGGACGAUAUCUUCAGUCUCUUUCUCCGCUGUUCUACAUCAGGCUCGACUGCGAUCAGUGACACGCAGGAAAAUUAAAUAAAAAAUAAAAACAAAAAAAAAUAUUAAAAAAGAAGUAUAGAGGAAAAUGGGAGAAGAUUCUGUGACCUUUAACCUUUAACGUUUAACCUUUAAUCUGUGGCUGUCUCUGUGCUUCUCUCUGUACUGCUCUGUUCGUUUGGCCCGGGAGCGAUCCAACCUGACUGGGGCGGGGUUACACACUUCCUGGGACCUUUUAUGGGCGUUCCCCUCCGCCCACCUCCCGAUCAUGUGACCUCCUGUGCGCUGGCGGGCUGAGAGCUGUGCUGCCCGAUGCCUGAGCCCCGCUGAUACUGCACUGCGCCCUGCAGAGGAACGGGCCUGCAGUACGCACUCCCACCAGGAGGGGCCGCCGCAGCCAGAGCCAGGAGGCCCCCGUGUUACUGAGCGCCACCCGCGCGCGGAGAACAUCUGUGUGUCGUCGUGGUUGCCAUGGUGUUAUCUUUGUGUGCCGUGAAGCUGGGUUGCCAGAUUCAUUUUCUGAGAAUCUUCGCCUUGGACUCCAGUCAUUGACUGUGGAGGUUUUACUCUUAUCUACUGGUGCCAACAGACCAAACCGGGCUGCCAUGUUACUCUUGUCUCAUCUACUGGUGCCAACAGACAGACCAAACACGAGGAUGGCCGCAAGCUGACCUUUCUCCUUUCGUUUACACUUUUUUCUUUUGAUUGUGUUUGCCUUCAGCUUGCUCUGGUCCCACACUGUUCAUAGAUGUAUAUCACCUUUAGCUAUCGGCGGUUUCUACAUGUUCUUGUCUUGACGUCACAGCCCUGUCUGUGUUUGUGCAGGUGUGUGAGUGUGUGUGUGUGUGCGUAUGUAGAGUAUGUGUGUGUAUACAGUGUGUGUGUAGAGAAUGUGUGUAGAGUGUGUGUAGAUUGUGUGUACAUGUGUGAGUGUAUGUGUGUGUAGAGUGUGUGUGUGUGUGUGUGUGUAGUGUGUGUGAGUGUGUGUGUAUGUGUGUGUGUGUGAGUGUGUGUGUAUGUGUGUGUGUGAGUGUGUGUGUAUGUGUGUGUGUAUGUGUGUGUGUGAGUGUGUGUGUAUGUGUGUGUGUGUGUGUGUGAGUGAGUGAGUGAGUGUGUGUGAGUGUGUGUGUGUGUG